AUAUAGGCAGGGAAGCGCCACGCUAAGCAUCCAAAGGUUGCCAGAGGCGAGAGAAGGCAAUCCACGUCCAUCUGCCAGCCACUUAGCACACGCUAACAUUUCCAGCCCGGAUUUCAGCACAGCUGCCAACACUACCGCAACAAAAUGUCUGCCCCAGCUGGAGCCCCUGCACCAGAGGGAGGAAAUCAGCCUCCCAACCUCACCAGCAACCGUCGUCUGCAGCAGACUCAGGCACAGGUGGACGAGGUGGUGGAUAUUAUGCGUGUAAAUGUGGACAAGGUACUUGAGCGUGAUCAGAAGCUGUCUGAACUGGAUGACAGGGCCGAUGCCCUGCAGGCUGGAGCCUCUCAGUUUGAGACCAGUGCUGCAAAACUGAAGAAUAAAUACUGGUGGAAGAACGCUAAGAUGAUGAUUAUCCUGGGUGUGAUAUGUGUGAUUGUGCUCAUUGUCAUUAUUGUGUACUUCAGCACCUAAGAAGAGUCGCUUCCUACCCCAGUCUUAUCCCAACUUCCUUGCUACAGAAAUAAAACAAAACCCCAAAACUCACGACAAAAAAGAAUCACCGAUAAUUAGUUAAUAAUGCUGUAUCUUCCCCCUCAGCUUCGGUAUAAAUAACCCCUCUAAACCCCUCCAGGGCCUAAUGGCUCCCUCACUUCCACCAUCUCGCCUCUGGACCCCCCCUCGUGAAAUAUUCGCCCACUCCCCUUUGGAGUGUGCGGCCUUGCGUCCGGUCUGGGUCCUCUCGGCUUCUCUAACCUGCCAUACCGAGAGCCCGACACUUGUGAUGAUGCAACAACAGAAAACAUCACAACGAUGGGUAAAGCUAAUUGUUACAUGACUGAUGUAUAUCUUGUCAUUUGUAGAGUUUUAUUCUGAAAUAUACUGUUUUGUAGGUGUGUGCGUGCGUGUGUGUGCAUUUUGUAUUUUUUAUUUUUUGUAUUAAUUUUCUGUAUGCUUCAGCGUCAACUACUGCCUGUUAAUUGAAGUAUGUAUCUUGCAUGUUUUCAUCGACAGUCCCGUGCGUGCUUUUUUUGCGCUUUCCAGUAAGUCAGGGGAUAAUGACUCUUACGUACGUUGCUCGUCAAUCGAAAAAAGGCCACAAACCUGAACAUGCUCUUACAAAAUCCUUAGCAGUCACGAUCAGUGGUAUUGAUCCAACACAAAGUAAUCCAUGAAAUUAUUCCUAGUCCUUUAAAUCUCAUUUCUCUGAUAUCCCCUGUUUGUCUUGCAGCAUGCUUGAACACCCAAUCGUUUAAAAACUGCCAUAGUACCGUUGGACCAAUGUCUGUAGAUGUUUGUUUUUUUUCUCUCUCUUUUAAGAUUACUUAGUGUCUUAUUUCGAAAACAUUCCUUCAUUGCAGUCUAGUGCAAAUGCUUUUACUGUAGCACAUGUAAUUGUGAGUAUCUUUAAAGUGCGCGAUGAAACAAAAAAAAAACAUACAGAAAAUAACUACUGGUACGUGGUGUUAGGGUACAUUUUUGGGGUCAGGAUUAGAAUGUUCAUUUAUUUUGUGCUAGUGGUCAUUAAUGUUAGCCAACUAUAAAAAAAACACUGUAAAAUUUACCAGGAUUUUACUGCAAUUAACAGUAUUUUUUUCUCAGUAAAAUGCUGUAAUCAAAACUCACUGUAAAUUUACAACAAAUGACUGUAGGAAAUUUGAUAUCCUUAUAUUUCAGAGUGAUCAUUUUCAAUAUUCUAUAACAAAUUACUGUAAAUUCAAACUGAUUUGUCUUUUAAGGCGUUCCGUAAACUACAUUGCGCAUGAUGCGUAUGACGUUAAAACGAGAGAGUAAAUUACUAUAAAAACACAUUUGUAAAGUUACAGCAUAUCGUUUUAACUUGUUUGUAAUGAUCUAAAAAAAUUACAAUUGUGACAUUAAAGCGUUUAGAUUCAACUUUGUUGUAAUUGACCGGAAAAUGACAGCUCUGCAGUUACAGUAAAUUGCUGUAAAGAUGUUUCACAGUAAAUAAUUGUAAAUAUUACUGUGAAAGUAAUGUAUUAGUCAGCAGUGUGCUGUUAAAUGACAAAGAUUUGUUUUUACAGAGCAACAGGCUAUUGUGUGGUGGAUAAAAUGGCACCAUCGUGUAACACUAAUCAUUUCCAAAGCUGAAGGCGCGUAACACUUAAAAGCCUUAGUCUUUACUUUUAGUUCAUGUAAAAGGAAGGUAGUAGUGCACAAAACCAAGCAGGCGGAAUGAGACGCUUGUGUAGCCAAACUUCUCCAUUUAAAAGCACAUGAAAUUUAGCCUUAUUUGAUCAGUAAUUCACAGUUAAAAGAUUCCUAAAAUAUAAAUCUCAUGAAAGCAUUCCUUAUUAGAACUUUAGAGGUGGUUCGCCCCUAUAAUGAAGACAUCGUUGUUGUUUUUUUUAAAUGUAAUAGAUUCUAUUUUUAUUAUAGUGUAUUUUUGUGUGAAACACAUGGUGAAGAAGAACAAUAGGUUCCACUUUACGUUCUGUCUGCUGUGUUUUUUGUAAAUUCAGCUGUGUGCGUUAUAUACACUGCCAAGCAACAAGAUGGGUGUGUGGGGAGGGGGCUUCACUUGUUAACGCAGUUCUAUCCGUCACUGGUGAAUGCUUGUGAAACAGUUAUGUGGUUUGGACCGUGCAUGGUUACUUUAAGAGCUUCAGAUUUGCUCUAUGUUCAUGUGUUCAGGUGAAUAGCCUCAUACAUACAAUAGUUUACAUCAAGUGUAUUUGCUUUGGCAGGGUUUUCUUUCAAUGUUUGCAAGCACCUCUAUUCAGAAUUAUGUGUGCAUCAAUUCGGCGUGUGUUAGAAUAGCUCUGCCCCACAAAUAUCCCCAGUUUAUCCCGACAGAUUAGUCUUGCUUAAAUCUCUCGAGUGAAGGCACGUUUGUUUCCUUGCCCACUAGAGCGGUCAGAUCGGAGUGCCACAACCCUAACCUGUUAUCAGGCCUUCCUAACAAACAGAUAACCAAAGACCUUUAUUUCUGUGCUCGUGCUGACGGUUACUAUCAAAAACAAGUGCAAAGAGUUACCAAAACCCUUAGUCAGCACUCUUAAUUCAUACGUAAGGACCGCAUGCUUCAAAUCCCUCACACCUCGUGUAUCAAGCCUUAAAAAAGCUUAUUUAAUCUAUAUUACGACUAUUAGCACAGUUUUGCUUUUUCCCCCCCAUUUCUGCCAACGUCUAUAGUAAAAACAUAGUCUAGCUUCAGCUACUGGUCAAAAAUUUGCAUUAUUUUGAAGGGUAGGGGGUCCUAUGUUGUUUUGCCGUAGCAGUCUACCAGGGGGUCCUAUAAAUCCGGAACGUCAUUCUAAACAAUGGGGUAGGACAUGUUAUUCCAUAAGUUAUUGUCCUGUGAGUGCUCAACUAAUUUGGUCACGAUGGAGAAAAUUAAGCGAUUGCUCUUUUCACGUCGCUUUUCCUUUUCUCGUACGAAAAGAGGCAACACCGUUGCACUUUUUUCGUUUUGUUGUCGUUGUCAAAUCAUUCGGGAACCAGCUCUGCUAUACAGAAUAUUAUCUGAUGCUGUCCUCGUGAGCUGUUCAGUUAUCUCAAAGUUAAAAAAAAAACAAAGCUGCGCUCACUUCAUCUGGGGGUGAUCCGGGACACUUUGCAACAUUUUUCGGGUCAGUUGUUUAACAAAGCUAAACAUGUGGGGAACGUCACUCCCAAAUGGGGUGAACGCAGCAUUAUAGGAGGGAACCUAUUGAGUCUCUAAACGCUCACUGGAUGGGAAAGUAUGUAGUAUAUGAAAGCAUGCUUUAUGUUUGAUUCCCACAUUUGUUUGUUUUGUUUUUUGGCGUUUGUUAACAAAUAACUCCCAAAGUCUUUGAAUUGUUGUGUGUAAGCACUGAUAGGUGAAGGUCAAGAACAUGUUUGUAUUCACACAAUACUGUAUUUUUUGGGUUCCAAUGUGUUUUGUUUCGGGACCAAGGGUCCAGGGAUGAAGGUCCAUAUUGCCCCUGUUCGUCCGGCCUUCUGGAGGGACUGCACUGGAGGAUCAUGGGCAAUGUUCUCAGGUUGAUUUCAUUUGUAUUGUUUUGCUUUACUUUUAUUUAUUGGUAGUGUUUUCUUGUGCUGUCAUUUGGUAUGGGAUUAGACACUAAAUAAGGUUGACUCGAUGUAGAGGAGAGGAAACUGAAUGACUAAAUUGUAUAAAGUACUUGUAGUGUAAAUCUAUCAAUGUCUUAUUAUAUUGAUGAACAUCAUAAAAUAUAUGUAUAUUGGAAAA